AUGACCGCGGAAGGCUGGAAGGUGACUGAUGCCUUCAAGACUCUUCACGUCUUCCAACAAAAACCCGCGCCUGACCCCUUCGCCUACGGCAUGGAAGCCAUUAUCCAAAGCUAUCCGCCCCUUGGCCAAGUCACUCAAGUCCAACGGGGUCUCAUAUCAUUCUCUGUAAUCCUCGAGGUGCCACAAGCUCGACAAGAGGAACCGUGGCAGGUGUCACUAUGGGGAUCGAGUGACGCCGCCGACUGGGUUGAGACCCCAACCUCGCUGCUGCCUCCUGAGACUGCACCCACGGCACUUGGGUCAUCAACAGAAGGGGUUGCUCGGCUAUUCUUCAACGCCGUCAUUGAUGCCCAGGCAUCGCUUCAGUUCACCUUGAAGUUUCGCCAUGGCGAGGAUGAACCCUGGAGAUGGACCCGUGACGAGUUGGGUCUCAACGAUGGUCAUGUCAUCGUCAACACGUCGUCAGUCCGGAAUGGUUUGCCCUGGUACGGACCUGGAAACCCUGGCUUGCACCGAGACAUGGGAAAACACUUGGUGUUAUUGGCCAUCAGCGGACUGAAUAAUGUGGCGGCCAUGUUCCAAAGCAGAGAUGACGAGGGCCUCGUCCAUGUUCAGGCCCGCAACGAUGACAUCCAUGAGCAGCAGGCUAUCAUUCUUGCUGCAAUCGGUGACAACUUCGAAAGUGCCAAUGCUUCCGUCAUGUACCAGGCGCGAAGUGUGCUGAAUGUUAGAGCUACCAGAGACGACCAGGAAGCGGAGAUCAAAGCACUCGAGAAAAGCAUCAAGCCAGAAUGGAGGGAAAAUUGGUAUGACGGUCUCGGCUACUGCACCUGGAAUGGAAUAGGCCAGAAUCUCACAGAGCACAAGAUCCUAGAGGCUCUGGAUCACCUUGCCUCUGUGAAUGUCAAUAUAACGAGCCUCAUCAUUGACGACAACUGGCAGUCCAUCGAUCGUCAAGGGAAUGGCCAGUUUCAAUACUCUUGGCUUGAAUUUGAAGCUGAUUCGGAAGGCUUUCCCAACGGAUUGAAAUCUACUAUUUCCCAGAUUCGAGAAAAGCACCCCCGUAUCCAGCAUAUCGCCGUAUGGCACGCGUUGCUUGGGUACUGGGCCGGCAUAUCCCCAAACGGCAAAAUUGCCAAAGACUACAAAACCUUGCAAGUUCUCAGGGAAGAGAGCGAGCGACGCGAACUUCCACUUGGGGGAAGCAUGACCGUCAUUGCAAAAGACGAUGUCAACCGUUUCUACAACGAUUUCUAUGCGUUCCUUGUCUCGUGUGGAAUCGACGGCGUGAAAACCGAUGCCCAAUUCAUGAUGGACACCUGGAAAUCGUCCGAGGCUCGUCGUGACCUCAUCGAGGAGUACCUCGAUGCUUGGACCAUAUCGACACUGAGGCACUUCAGCAUCAAGGCCAUCUCUUGCAUGUCCCAAGUACCACAGAUCAUGUUCCAUUCCUAUCUCCAACGCAACAAGCCGCCAAUUCUCUGCCGAACCUCAGACGAUUUCUUCCCGCAUGUCCCCUCGUCGCACGCUUGGCAUGUAUGGACGAAUGCUCACAACGCACUGCUGACGCAGCACCUCAAUGUUCUGCCUGAUUGGGACAUGUUCCAAACGAUGGGCGACUAUUCUCGUUUUCACGCAAUGGCAAGGUGUGUUAGCGGUGGGCCCAUCUACAUUACGGAUGUACCUGGACAGCAUGAUCGUGCGUUGAUUGAGCAGCUCACUGGGCCUACACCACGAAAUAAGACAGUCAUUUUCCGUCCAAGUGUAGUCGGAAAGACCAUCGAUGCAUAUAACGACUACCACGAUGACGUCCUCCUCAAGAUCGGCAGCUAUCAUGGCUCUGCUGUGACUGGCACCUCGAUCGUUGGUGUCUUUAAUAUUUCAUCUAGACGGUUGGCGGAGAUCAUUCCUCUCAGCUGUUUCCCCGGUGUUCUCUCAUCAAUGAAGUACAUCGUCCGGAGCCACGCAGGCUUGGGCAUCUCGUCUCCCGUCUCACCGAAUUCACCCUCAUCUAACGUGACGAUCUCCCUGCCCCAUGGGCCGGAAGGUUCCGACAUACUGUGCGCCUAUCCUCUAACUGACUUCGCGAGUGAGAAUAACGGCACCGUCUAUACCGCCAAUCUUGGUCUUGUGAGGAAAUUUAGUGGUGCUGCCGCCAUUGUGAACAGUGACUUUGAGCUGGACCACACUGGAAAAGUGCAGUUGCAAACCAGACUGAAGGCCCUCGGAACACUAGGAAUUUACAUCUCGAAUCUGCCGAAGCUGACUAUCGAUGACGACUUCAUCGCCACUAUACAGGGACACAUCAUCAAAACGGAGGCCGUAUCCUUCAGCAAAGAUCAUCCUCAGCUGUUGGAAAUUGAUGUUGAGGGCGCAUGGCAUGAUCUGCAGUUGAAACCAGGUUGGAGCAAUGAGGUAGAGAUUAAGAUGACCUUUCGCAUCGACCACUACGAAGAGUAG